ACUGACUUUCGCGGAGGAAAAUUGCUAGAUGACAAGACAGCCUUUGUUAAACAUGAAAGUGGUAUUGGUAAUCUUUUCGAAUAUGGCUCUUGUCGCCCUUCACUAACUUCUGAAGUUUCCUAGCACAUGGUGUCUUCUUGUGCACUAUAGCAAAAUUCUGAUCGCAAAGCCAUAAUUUUUAGCAAAAUAGCAUUCAACUGUCUCUCGUGUCACAGUUUUCUUAAGCAAGGAUAUUUUUACAAGCAUCCUGUGUAUUUACAAGGUCAAGAAUAAAUUUUCAUCAUCUUCUUCCAUUGUAGUUACAAAUCACGUGACAUUAAUCACACGCAUUUUACACAGCUGAAAGACCUGUAAGGAUUUGCUUAUUCGAAUGUAGCAAUAAAGUAAAACUUUAGAGCUGAUGGUAUAUUGCCUGUGAAUACAGCAAAAAAACAGUUCUCUAAAGUUUUUCCCUUGAGAAAAAUUAUAGGCAAGCGAAAAAGAGGAAACUUUCUUCGUGUUAAAAUUAAGGCCAAACUCGAAUGAACCACCCCUAGUCUUUAUCCCUCGUCAGUUUUGGGAAUAGGUAGGGAGAGGAGGGCACUUCGCAUACCUGGGACCAGGAGCCUAUCUGGGCUCCUGAUGAGACCUAUUAGUCCUACUCGCACCCACCCCUACUGGAUAGGUCUGCGUCCAGUAAAGCUGGUUAUAUAUUUAGAGUGUUUGUCAAGCUACACAUUCAGUAUUCUUUUCGUUUGGCCAAGGUAUUUUAAGCGCAAUGGUUGAAUACUUCUUGUUAAAUUGGGCUUUUCCUCGGUUAGAGACAAGUUUUCGUUGUCGGAUAGAAUCCAGUUACUGCAUGAUGCAAACACUGUGUGUAACGUUUUGGUUGAUAACGCAAACGAUAUCUGGGACCUCCGGACUCUAACAUCUAAGGCCCACUAAACGAGGAAAUCGAAAAGUGACCGGAACACCAGACCAGGCAUUUCUUAGGACAAGGAGCAGACAGGAAAAUAAGCUCAAAGUGGCUGAGAACCCUAAGGCACCUGACAAUAAAAAGCAAACGCUGACAUAAACAAUUAUAUUCGUUUGGCGUGUCACGAAUUAUUCAGUAGCUACAUAAAAUGGAGAGUCGUUGCCCAUGCGCUGGGGACUUCUUCGUGGAGUGAUUUUAGUCGUGUUAUCCUUGGCUACUUUCAAUUGGCUGUUUUCUCCGCCUGGAUUGACAUUUCGUUAUUCUCCAAUUAUGUUCAGUUCUCAUAGAGUUUCGUCGAGCUGUCGACGGUUCUAAAGGAGUGGGUGUUGCUGGUUCCAAAGAGAUCAUAAACGAUGUUUCCAGAUCAAUAUAUCCCUGUUAAAUUAGCAACCAAAAAAAAGACAUUUAUGCGACAACUGGUGCCAUAACGCUAUCCAGUGGAUAAAUCUCUGUCUUUUUUCUCUCUUAUUGUGGCGCUUUUGAGGAUUGCUCAUGAGCUUUCAUGCUUGAAUGGCCCGCCGCGGCAGCUCAUUUAAUAUCAUGCUUAAAUGUCCGGCCAUUCUGCGCGAUGGGACACUGCAAUGGUUUCCCUAAUACUUAUCAACUGAAUAGAAUAGUGACUUCACUAUUCAGCUUUUGAACAAACGGGGGUCAGGAAUGAGAAAGAGAAAUCUCGUUUGCUUUCUGCACAGCUAAUUUUAAAGGCUGCAAUUAUUCCAGAACAACAUGACCUGGUAGGGUGCUCUCAGUCCGGGAUUUGACGCAAUUAAAGUGCGGGUCUUGGAAAAACACAAACUUUCUUGAAGGAAUACCACAGGCCACCCAAACUCAGGUUGCAAGGAAAGAGUGUAAAGUAAGACGCUUGACCCUUCUGCUGGACGCGCCGGUGUUGCUUUACAGGCGACCGUUGAAAAUAAGAGACUUUGUAUGGGAAAUAAAAUACUGAGAUCUUCGAACGCGCUAAAUAACGUUAAAUCUAAUUUUUCCUUCUAUGAAAUGAAUAAAAAAGACUUACCUGCGAUGUAUUCCAUUGUGUUUCAGUGUGUCACUAUUACGCGGGUGGCGAGUCUCGCCGAAGUCUUGGCACGGGAUGCGGUCCAGAGGAAAACUUGUAUUCGGGAUGAGAUGACAGAAGCUCGGAUAAGGGAUCAGGACCCCGCUCCCUCUCUUCCAGACCCUGUACCAAACACAACCGGGGUAGGAACUCCAUUAUCUCUGAGAGAUAGGGAUACCCUACAUGUACUUUCCUCUUAG